UUUGUCAACAAUACAUUAAUUCGUAGAAAAAAAUAUCCGAAACAUAGACGUGUUAGUAUAUCUUAAUAUAGAGUUCAGUGACUUGAGAGGAAAGUGUAAUGAAUUUAAUUAUUUAUGAAAAUUAGUUUGCAUCGUAAGCCAUGUCUAAGCGCUAUGUGGACAAUGCACAGAACAGAAAGCUGGGGAGAGUUGGGUUGGCGCACGGAUCAGCUGUACACAGCCGCAACCCCAGCAGCGCAAGCAGCUUUAGCGGUCACGUGGGUGGUAGCAGUCGUGUAGCUAGCAGCAGUAGUCCAAGAAUGUACGUUGAUAAUGCCCAGAACAGGUCACUAGGUCGUGUUGGCCUUGCCCUUGGUAGUGCUGUCCAUUCAAGUUCCAAUUCAACGUCGUCCAGUAACAGAUCGAGAACCUACGUGGACAAUGCUCAGAACAGAAGUCUGGGGAGAGUUGGUGCUGAAUACGGUACAGCUGUGCACAGACCAGACAGUGGCAGGACACUGAGUGCUUCCAGCAACACUUCAAGGACCUAUGUCGAUAACUCUCACAACAGAAAUUUAGGAAGAGUUGGCCUGGCCUAUGGUUCAUCUGGGAGUAAAAGCAGCAAUAGAUCUUGUGAGUCCAGCUCUGCACAUAAAACGUACGUGGACAACGCUCUCAACAGAAGUCUCGGUAGAGUAGGCCAAGAACUAGGGUCAGCUGUUCACAGCAAGGACGACACGAGUCGGGGUUCCAGUGCGUCCAGCACUGUUCCUAAAACCUACGUGGACAAUGCUCUCAACAGAAGUCUUGAUAGAGUGGGCAAGGAACUGGGAUCAGCUGUCCAUAAACAAGGCGACACCAGUCAUAGAUCCAGUGCGUCCAGCUCUGCAAAUAAAACGUACGUGGACAACGCUCUCAACAGAAGUCUUGGAAGAGUAGGCCAAGAACUAGGGUCAGCUGUUCAUAAACAAGGCGACACCAGUCAUAGAUCCAGUGCGUCCAGCUCUGCACAUAAAACUUACGUGGACAACGCUCUCAACAGAAGUCUUGGAAGAGUAGGCCAAGAGCUAGGGUCAGCUGUUCACAGCAAGGACGACACGAGUCGGGGAUCCAGUGGGUCCGGCUCUGUUUCUAAAACUUACGUGGACAAUGCUCUCAACAGAAGCCUUGGUAGAGUAGGCAAGGAACUGGGAUCAGCUGUUCAUAGUAAAGGUGACACAAGUCAUAGAUCCAGUGCCAACAGUUUUAGUUCUAAUGUUUAUGUCGAUAAUGCCCUCAAUCGAAGUUUGGGUCGAGUUGGCCUAGAAAAAGGAACUGCUGUACACAGUCAAGUCAAUGAGAGCCGAGGGUCAAGUGCUAAGGAGGCUGGUACUUCUAAUGUUUAUGCCGACAACGCUCUUAAUCGACGUCUGGGUCGUGUGGGUCUAGAGAAGGGAACUGCUGUACACAGACUUGGUGAUGACAGUAAAGGAAAUAAUCGCUCAGCCAUUUACCAGAAUUCACAGAACACAAGAUGCUACAAAGACAACUAUUUAAAUCGUAAGCUAGGAAGAGUUGGCAAGCCCAUUGUACGUCAGCGCGAGGAUAAGAAAGUCUAUGCUGAUAAUGAUUACAACAGAAGACAUAAUAGAGUGGGCAUGCCUCUGGGCAGCAUGCCCAUCCCUAAAGAAGAGCAAGUAUACAAAGAUACACCCCUGAACCAACUGUUGGGAAGAGUCGGUCAACCCUGGGGAUCCUUCUCUGCUAAACCACAUGGCGAGUUUCUGGCCAAGUUGAAUGAGUUAGAUAUGAAUGAUGACAUACCAGAUGACUUUGCCGACCAGUAUGUCAAGGAUUCUUCAUGCCAAGAGCUCUUUGACGCUUUCCUGGAAAUGGUCAACAGAGAGAAUGAGAUACGAAGAAGAGCCGAGGACGAGAGCUGCGAUGACUUUGAUGCCCACCAGCACACGUCUCACGAUGUCAUUGACAGGCACAAAGAUGACAUGAUCCAAUUUAAGAUUCACCAACAAGAAGAAGAAGAAGAAAAUGAGGACGAUGAUCAAGAUGAAGACGUGAAAGAUGGUGGUGCUGAUGAUUCUGGAUUCGACAGGAACCCAACGGCUGAAAGAUACAAAGGGAGUGUCAUCAGCGUGGAUGAGCUGAAGCUAAGCUCACAGAAAAUCGGCCACGGAAGCUUCGGAGAUGUGUAUGCUGGAGAAUGGGUAGAGGGAGAGCUGGUGGCGGUGAAGGUCCUCAGGCAUCAGCAAAUGUCCAACAAGAGAGUGAGGCAGUUUGAGAGGGAGAUCUCGCUCUACUGCAAGCUGGAGCACCCUAACAUAGUGAGGUUCAUCGGAGCUUGUAUGACUCGGCCUUACCUCGCCAUCGUGAUGGAGUACAUGGAGCUGAGCUUACAUGAGGCGCUGCAUAUAAAGGAAAUUGAUUUUGGGGAUCACGACAAACAAAACAUUGCGAUUGACAUUUCCAGUGGCUUGUACUAUCUUCACCUUGAGAACAUCGCUCACUGUGAUUUGAAACCCAGCAACAUUUUACUGAAUAAUGUACCUGGAGGGCCGACAUUUGUUCCAGAGGAGGCUGUCCUGGCCAAGCUGACAGACUUUGGCUUGAGCAUGCUAAAAGCUGAAAUGGAGAGCACCACCUCCAACUUUCAGGCCAUGAGGAAUGUCGGGACGCCAAGAUACUCUGCCCCGGAAGUGCUUAGAGGUGAGCUUCUGGACGUUGACGAAAUGAAGAGGGCUGAUAUUUACUCCUUGGCCCUCACGCUGAUUGAGCUGGUACUGGAGGAGGUGCCCUUCGAGGACCUAGAUGUCCCACAGUUAAGGCAACAUGUUGGAGAGAAAGGAUUAAAACCCAUUAUGGAAAAUGAAGCCAUCCUGCCUGAUGACUUUAGAAAAUUGAUCCAUGAUUGUUUAAGUGUUAACGCCUAUGACAGACCAAGUAUUGAAAUGUUGUGGGAAUAUACAAGGAAUGAAAAUAUUUUCUAAAAAUUACAACUUGCUAGAUCUUUUUUUUUUUUUUUUUUUUGUAUUUUCUGUCUGCUGUUAUAUUAUUGUAGCUUACUCUAUUUAAAUCCUCUAGAACAACACAGUGAAACCUUUUCAGAUUUUGUUCUUCCUUUUUCUUCUUACCUGCACCACUGGACUGGUUAAGUAGCUUACCUGCACCACUGGACUGGUUAAGUAGCUUACCUGCACCACUGGACUGGUUGAGUAGCUUACCUGCACCACUGGACUGGUUAAGUAGCUUACCUGCACCACUGGACUGGUUGAGUAGCUUACCUGCACCACUGGACUGGUUGAGUAGCUUACCUGCACCACUGGACUGGUUGAGUAGCU